AGUGAGAUGUUUAACCUUGUUUGGAUUAAAGGUAUAGAUUGCAUAUCUGUCUGUGUGUAGUUCGGGUGAUUGAUGCACAAGCAGAGUUUUUAGAAUAUCGACAUUGGUCUUUGUAAUAAGAUAGCAUGGCAGUACCAGGAAAGCGGAAACAAGAGAUGCAAAUGAAAGAUAGUAUCGGCAAAGCUUCUGACGAGGACUACGGUAUUCCAUGUCAACCUUGUCUGUUUGAGGGGAAUAAUGUAGCCGCUGUGGGAUACUGUCAAGUCUGUGAUGAAUAUAUUUGCAAUACAUGUUUAAGCGUGCAUCGCAAACAGUCUGCUACUAGGAACCAUGCCAUUCUCGAGAAAGACAAUAUGCCAAAAGGUGAUGGUCAAGGCAAACAAAAUUUCUCCGAACCGUGUAAAGUUCAUGUAAAGGAAAUUGUUAAAUUCUACUGCGAAGGCCAUGAUGUUGUUGGAUGUGGGGAUUGUAUGAUCCUGGACCACAAAGCUUGUAAAGUGGAUCUUGUUGCAGAUUUAUCCGCUCGCUAUAUUGGUGGACAAAAGCAAAAAGAAAUCGAUGAACAACUGGCCCAUUGUGUGAAUAAAAUUCACGAGGCUAAAACUUCACUGAAGUCGACGGAGGAUAAAAUUGCUGAGUGCCACGUUCAGAUUAUGACAGACAUGAAAGAAUUUAGAAAAAAUAUCAAUGUCUACUUAGAUAAAAUGGAAGAGAAUGUCCUCAAAGAAUGGACAGAAAUAAAGAAACAACAUAAAAACAAAACGGUUGAAAUGGAAAAUCUGUUAAAGUCCAUAGAAAAUGAAAUAACGGAGAUAAAUCACAAAAGGAGCAUUUAUGCAGAGGAAAGUAACGCACUUUUUAUUACCGAUCAUAUUGCCAAAGCAAAGCUAGAGGACCUAGAGAUCGUGCUACAGAAAGCACAUUUGGAAAAUACCAUUAUCACUUCCUAUGGAUUCCAAGAGAACGAAGAUGUCAACCAUUUGUUACAGUCCCUCUCUCCUAUAGGAACUGUUACAUCCACAAAGACAGACGAAACCGAUAAUAUCAUGGAGAAAGAGGCCAAGUUUAUUAAAACCACUGAGCUUCAAGGGAGUCGAAUUACAGGAUCGGUCAUCUUCCAGCCUGGUCAGCUUGCAGUUGUUGAUAAUCUGUCUAAAAGUGUACAACUAUUAGAUACGAGUAGCUGCAAAGCUAUUGCCUUUUUGCGACUGGAACACCAACCCUGGGAUGUCGCCCUCUUCAAACACAAUGAAAUAGCAAUAACAAUCCCAGGAACAAAGAAAAUUCACUUUAUUUCUAAACAAGGUGGAGUGUUAAAAGAAAGGAGGACCUGUGAUGUUGAAGGGGAAUGUUUUGGCAUUACAAGUGUUGAUGAAAAGCUGAUUGUUUCUUUCUUAAACCCAAACAAAAUCGAGCUUCUGAACAAGGACUGUAUAGUGCUGAAGACGAUCGUGUCUGUUCAACGUGGGGUCGAUCUAUUUGGAAUGCCGAGAUACAUUGACCUUUGUCCUUCUACAAAUAAUAUUUAUGUUUCGGACUAUAAAUGUCACACUGUAACAAUAUUCACGCUAGAUGGUCAGUUUUUAACCAUUUACAAGGAAAAAGAGACACACUCCCCACAGGGUUUGGUUACUGUUUCAAAUGGAGCGUUCCUCGUGGCAAGUUAUGGAAGUACGAAUGUUAAGCUUAUUUCAGCAGACUUUGACAAGACAAAAGUUAUUUUGAAAGGAAGUGAUGGCUUGAAAUGGCCUCUAUCAAUAUGCUUUUCCAGAAAAGAAAACAAAUUGUUUAUCUGCAAUGACAAUGGAUGCAAGAUAGAUAUAUACAAGUUCAAAUGAGAUUUAUCAUACUACAUGUAUGUAAAUAGACGUAGCCAACCGUGGCUGCGAUCAUCGAAAUGCUCUGCUGUUUUGGUCACAAGAUUCACUGGUACGCUAAGCAACACAUUUGGACAGUGACUGUACAUAGACAACUACAUUUGCAUUACAAGUAAGCUGUAUACGUGUAUGCAUCAGGGACGAUGCUUCGGUCGUAUCACUUCCACAGAGACUAUAUUCGAUACAAAGAAAAUAUGAUGUAGCUGACAUACAAAACAUUUUAUACAUGUAUAUAAAUAGUUCUGCUGCUGAAGACAAGCAUUUUGCAGUUUUAUUAAUGCUUGCAGUUUUAACAAAUUUGGUACCUAAAAACUUACGUAAAACUUAGCUUCUUGAGUUUUAAGUAUACAUUCUUACACAAGUCCUAUCCAACUCUUGUCAGGUUUGCUGGAUAGUAUAGUAUGUGUAAAUGUGUAAAGAACUAAAACUAGCGGAGAAAAUAGUGUUUUAAAUUUUUACAUAUAAUAUAUGAACUUUACAGAUAUUAACUGGUCACCAGCUUUUCAAUUUUCAUUAUAACUUUCAGAUGAAACAUACACUUUUAUGUUCACGUGUAGACAAAUUUAAAGGCUGAAAUGAAACGUUAUUACUUAUGAUUCAUUUCAAAAAUACAAAUCAGUAAGUUCAGA